AGGUGUCCACUUAAUUUGAGGGGAUAGGGUGUGUCUUUUAAGUGUUUGGACUGCAAGCAAUGCAGCGUUCACGUCGUACGAGGUAGACGGAGAACUGCAAACCAGAUGGCAUUGUUUUCAAUGAGGGCGGACGGUAAAAAUGUCGUUGAGGCUGGUAUGACGGACUUCGCGUGUCUCGUCUAAACUCAGCAUAUAUCACAUGAUCAUUUAUGUGAGAGGAUAGACCAAUGAGGAGCAGCAGCGAGUUUUUGAAAGGUGAUCAGUAACAUAAGAGAGGGAAACUCGCAGCGAAACGUGAAAAAGGUCCAUCGACCAUAUCACAUCAGAAGCAGUACAAGCUACUGUACAUGGAAAUAUAAAUAUAUCAGUGACCGACAAUAUUCUCGAAAAGACAGGCCUGUUGUGACAUUUCUAGAUUUUCCGUUGCCAAAUCACGAAUACAAUAAUUUGGAACGAGACACCUGAAGGUUGGCAUCAUGUCUCAGAAGCAGAUAUAUUACUCUGACAAAUAUGACGAUGAGAAAUUCGAGUAUAGGCACGUGAUGCUGCCCAAGGACAUUGCCAAGCGUGUGCCCAAGACCCAUCUGAUGUCAGAGACUGAGUGGAGGAACCUGGGUGUCCAGCAGAGUCAAGGCUGGAUACACUACAUGAUCCAUCAACCAGAGCCCCACAUCUUGCUUUUCCGUCGUCCUCUGCCUGCAGCCUGAUCUCAGACAGUGCACGAGAGAACACUCAUAGGGAAGAAGAUAAGAGCGUGGCUGGAGAUGGAUGAACACUUCAGUUGGAUGGAUGAAAAUACUAUUUUCCACAUGUGUAUCGUAUACAUUGCAGUGGAGCCAGAGUCAAGAGCUCCAACCCACCGUCCUCACUCACCGUAAAGCCUUUCACAUUUCCUAUGGACCUGGUUAGAACCCGUUCAUCCUUUUCUCUAUCUGUAUUUCUGUAAUCAUUCAAACUUUUGUAUUAUGACUAACUUGAUAAUGUUGUAUGUCUGGGAAGAAAAAUAAAAGCUGUGGUUGUGGCAACACUUGAAUUAUUCUAAACCUUACCUGCUGUGCGUUGGCUAACAUGAUGCUAAUAUCUAUUUUAAGCUAUAUAGUAACUGUAAAAUGUAAGGGGGACAUUUUUGAAAGCGCAAAUGUGCAGGGAUUUUACCAAAAUGACUAUGAUCAAAUACCUGUUAUGGCACUUGAUUCAUCUUGUUUUGAAUACUGCAGAUUGUAUGCACACCUACUCUGUACAAAUGAUGAUAGUACUCUGGACAUGUUUUAUCAAUUGUGACCAGCUAUUAUAAGUAACGCUGUUGACUGUCUGCAUUUUAGAGCUGUCAAAAUGGGGCCCAAGGUCUUUGACAUGUCUAUUAUUGUACAAAUCAGCUGCUCAGUAUUUAUGAAUUCUUGUACCCUGGAAAUAAAUGUUUUUUUUAAUUUGUAAUUCUCACA